ACUACUGUCACCGUCGUGUUUCCGUCGGCCAUUAAUUUAUGUAUUUCGAUUUCGUGUGCGGCACCGCAUUAGUUUGAGAUUCUAUACUCUUUUGUAUUAAGUACUCUAAUUUUAUGAAUUCAAAGGAUCAAUAUUAAUUUUUAUCACCGAAAGUGAAACCGCAAAAUGGGUGACCCUUACGCGUCUGGUGAUUAUAGUGGUGGAGGCGGCUAUCCCGCUCAAUAUUCGAUUCCUCCUCCGACUUUAAGCUCGAGUGAGAGUAGUUACAAUCCAGGACAGCAACAAGGAAAUUAUAACCCAAGCGGCUAUUCUGGGCAAAAUUCCGGCCCUGCCUGGAAUCAGCAAAGUUCAGGCAGUGGGAGUGGAAGUAAUUAUGGAGCAAGUCAACAAGAUAACAAUUUCGGUCAAAAUUUUGGGUCCAAUUAUGGAAGCGGGGGAUACGACCGAAAUAAUGGUAACAACUACAACGUGAGUGGAAAUGAUCGUGGAGGAAGUAACUACGGUAAUAGCGAUCGUGGAAGCAGUUAUGGGGGCAGCGAUCGGGGUAGCGGCAACUACGGCGGCAGUGAUCGUGGUAGUGGCUCUAACUAUGGAGGAGACAGAGGAGGAAGUGGCUACUCUGGGGGUGACCGAGGAUAUGGUGGAGGUGAUAGAUCAAGCUACAAUAGAGACGGGGGGAAUAGAGAUGGUGGCUAUGGUGGCGGCGGCAGGGGGGGUGGUUAUAAUAAAGGUGGCGGCGGUGGAUUUGGCGGUGAUAGAGGAGGAGGUGGUGGUGGAGACAUGAUAACUCAAGAAGAUACUGUUUUCAUACAGGGGAUGAACCCAUCUACAACUGAAGAUGAACUUUGUCAAUUCUUUGGUGCAAUAGGUAUCAUAAAGACAGACAAAAAAACACAAAGACCCAAAGUGUGGAUGUAUAAAGAUAAAGCUACAGGUCAACCUAAGGGUGAAGCAACAGUGACCUAUGAAGAUUCCAAUGCUGCUUCAUCUGCUAUACAGUGGUUUGAUGGAAAAGAUUUUAAUGGAGCAACGAUAAAAGUGUCACUAGCACAAAGACAGAAUACUUGGGGCGGUGGAAAAGGAGGCGGCGGUGGCGGUGGUGGUUUCCGCGGUGGCCGAGGCGGUGGUGGCGGCGGUCGUGGUGGUGACGGAGGCGGAGGUGGUGGUGGCGGCGGCGGAGGGGGUGGCGGUGGCGGCAUGGGCGGUGGUCGAGGCGGUGGUCCACCUUCAGGAAAUCGCGCUGGUGACUGGAGAUGUCCUAAUCCAAGCUGUGGAAAUACUAACUUCUCGUGGCGAAAAGCUUGCAACCGAUGCAACGAAGAGAAACCGGGUGGUGGAGGCAACGGUGGCGGCAAUGGGGGCAGUAGUGGUGGACCUCCAUCAGGUGGCCGCGGAGGUGGUGGUGGAGGUGGACCACCAGGAAGAGGCGGUCGUGGCGGUGGAGGCCGUGGCGGUGGACGAGGUGGAGGAGGUGGUGGAGGUGGAGGCGGCUGGGGCAGCCGUCCCGAUCGCAGUGGUGACCGUGGUGGUGAUCGGCGCGGUUCCGGCGGUGGCGGAGAUCGUGCAGGCGGCGGAGCAAUGAGAGGAGAUGGAGGAGGCAGAGAUCGCCAGAGACCUUAUUAAAUAGUUUAUUUUAGUGUUAAUCUGAACUUAGGUUUUAAUAUUUUGUUGUGACUGAUGCUAAAUGUAUUGACUUAUUACAAACAAAACUUCACAAAAAUGUAAAAUUUUUAACUUUCAUUACAAAUGUAUCCAUUCCUGCAGUCAUUCAUCUAAGUGGACUUAUCUUUUUGUUUUUUUUUUACCUCAAAAUUACUAUAAAAUUAU